AUGAGUCAGUUUGCCGAUUAUGAAUCGGCUUCAGAGAAUUAUGACCAUGGACGACGGGCAGCUGGGGCAGAUGUGAUAGUUGGUAUGAUGCAAGUGCAUUUACAGAAGGAUAUUAAGGAUAUCCACGUUCUUGAUGCUGGAUGUGGAACAGGAAAUUAUUCCGCUGCUAUUUUAAAAUAUGGUGUACGUAAACUGUCGAUGAUGGAUGCUAGUAAAGGAAUGUUGACAAAAGCAAACGAAAAACUUGUAGCAAUGGGAUUGUCCUCAUAUGUGGAUGUUAAACAAGCAUUACUUCCAAAUCUUCCAUAUGCUGAUAAUACUUUUGAUGUUGUUAUGAUGAAUCAGGUGUUGCAUCAUAUUGGAAAAAAUCCAGAUGGCGAAAACUACCCAUCUAUCAUUGACACAUUUGAGGAGGCGAAUAGAGUUUUAAAAAGCUCUGGAUUGCUCGUAAUUACGACAAUGGUGAAAGAACAGCUUCCUGGAGUGUGGUAUUAUUGUUUUAAUAAAGAAUUCUUGCGCAGAUAUAGCUUGAAAUUCCCAUCUGUUAAUGCUUUUAAAACUAUGUUAUUGAAGUCAAACUUCGAUGUUGUCAAUUAUCUUAGCGUUCUCGGUCACGAUAUUGUUCCAAACUACACUGAUUUAGAAGGUCCUCUGAAUAAAUCUGACCGAGACAGUGAAUCGUACUGGGAUGUUGCUUCGAAGCAGGAAUUGUUAGAAACAUUGAACACCGUACAUUGCAUGAAAGAAAUGGGAACGCUUCAACGUUUUUACGAGGAACAUGAUAAAACAGAUGAACAAGGAUACUUUGCGAUCAUCAUAGCCAGAAAACAGAAUAUCAGUUAG